UCCCCCUCUUUCCUCUCCCUUCACCCUUGUCUCUCUCUCCCCCUCUCCCCUCCCCCUUCUUUCUCUCUCUCCCCUCCCCUCCCCCUUCUUUCUCGCUUCGAUGUAAUGGUAUUGUUUGUGGAUAAAUGUCCGUUUUCUUUCGCCACGUUUUCCAAGAGAAAUCUACCGUCGUAGAAAAUGGAGAAGGUCUUAAAUAAUUUGGCGGUUGCCAUGGAAACAUCUUGUGUGUCAUCUACAACAUCGCGGCAGUGGACGGCUGGACAUCUCGCUCUGCCAGGUAAUGUACACAAAGAUUAAACUUACUGGUGUUAACAAAUACAGUUUUCCAGCGGACAAAUAUCCUCAAUACACGCGGGCGCUCCUGUCGACGCAUUUAGCCUUCCUUGAAUUUAUUCCGUUAGACGCAGGGCUCGACUCCCUCCCGCACAUGGAGAGCUGAAAUAAGUGCGACGCAAGAACAAAUUCAGUGAUAUUUUGGCAAGAGGAGGUGUCGAUUGGCAAAAGAUUACUUCCUUGUGUCCUUCCACGUCGGCGAAUUAUGAGAGAUUUCCGGAGCGGUUGUCGACGCGGCGCAACAUGCAGUGCUCGAAGACAAAGGAGAAGCUGCAGGAGGCCGUGGAGCAGCGGCGGAAGGAAGUGCGCGCCGCCCUGGACAAACUCGAAGCGUCCCUGAGCGCCGGCGCCGAGCUGCUGACGGAGGAGAGGCUAGCCAUUCUGGCGCUGCCGCCGGACAUCCUUCUGCACCGGCUGAAGGAGGGACACCUGACGCCCACAGCUGUCCUGCGGGCGUUCCAGGCCAAGGCGAUGGUCGUGACUUACCGCAUCAACUGCGUCACGGAAUUCAUCCCGCAGGCGGAGGACUGGGCCUCGGCGCUCGAGGAGGACCCGCAAAACCGCUCGCUCCCGCUCUACGGCCUUCCGGUGAGCAUCAAGGAGAACUUCGAGGUGGAGGGCAUGGACACCACGCUGGGGCUGGCCAAGUACCUGUACCAGCCCGCCCCGCGCCACGCCGCCCUCGUGCAGGUGCUGCGGCUGCAGGGCGCCGUGCCCUUCUGCAAGACCAACGUGCCGCAAAGCCUCGUCAGCUACCGCUGCAGCAACCCCGUCUGGGGCGAGACCCUGAACCCAGUCGACACCCAGCGCACCUGCGGAGGAUCCUCAGGUAACUAA